CAAUGGAUGGAGCCAACCACUCUUGGGUGUCUGAGUUUGUGUUCCUGGGACUCUCUAACUCAUGGGCAAUCCAGAUUCUCCUUUUCCUCUUUUCUUCUGUGUUAUACAUGGCAAGUCUGAUGGGAAACCUCCUCAUUGUGUUCUCAGUGACCGCUGAUGCUAACCUACACUCUCCCAUGUACUUCUUGCUGGCCAAUCUCUCACUUCUUGACCUAGGAGUUUGCUCUAUUGCAGCCCCCAAGAUGAUUUAUGACCUUUUUAGAAAACACAAAGCCAUCUCUUUUGGGGGUUGUAUAACUCAGAUCUUCUUUAUUCAUGCUGUUGGAGGCACAGAAAUGGUGCUGCUCAUGGCCAUGGCCUUUGACAGGUAUGUGGCCAUAUGCAAGCCCCUCCACUACCUGACCAUCAUGAGCCCACGGAUGUGCAUUUUAAUUUUGGCUGUAUCCUGGAUUAUCGGCCUCACCCACUCAGUGGCCCAAUUGUUUUUUGUUGUAAACUUGCCUUUCUGUGGUCCUAAUGUACUGGACAGCUUUUAUUGUGAUCUCCCUCAGCUCAUUAAACUUGCUUGCACAGAUACCAACAGACUGGAGUUCAUGGUCACAGCCAACAGUGGACUCAUCUCUGUGGGCUCCUUCUUCAUACUGGUCAUUUCUUACAUCUUCAUUCUGGUCACUGUUCCAAAACACUCUUCAGGUGGUUUGUCUAAGGCCCUUGCUACUCUGUCAGCUCAUGUAACUGUGGUGGUUUUGUUCUUUGGACCAUUAAUCUUCUUCUAUACCUGGCCCUUCCCUUCAUCACACUUGGACAAAUUUCUUGCUAUCUUUGAUGCAGUUCUCACUCCUUUUCUGAACCCAAUUAUCUAUACAUUAAGGAACAAGGAGAUGAAGACAGCAAUUUGGAAACUUUGCUAUCAGCUUGUAAUUUAUAGGAAGAUAUCCUAA